AUGGGGUAUCUGAGUGCGGCUGAACUCGCGCUCGCGCAGGGCAGGCCUCAGGUUUUGCCAACCAUGCCGGCUCCUGGUCCUCCACAGUUGGCCAUCCCUACGCGAGGAGAGCAUGUGGACCACGCACAUAUAGCGACAAAUGUGCAGUCUGGCCGUAGGACUGCGCCGAGGAAUACCGAGCGCAGCCAGCGCUAUACCCCAUAUGCGCGUGCACCUCCAUACCAUUUUGCUGCCCAUCAGGGAGCGGGAUAUGCGCCGCCUGCUGUCACGGCACCAGCCUCGCGUGUGAACUUCGUACAGCCGCAGCAGCAGCAAUACCAGCAAUACCAGCAUUACCCGCAACACCAGUUUGGUAAUGUCUUCGCUGAGGCGGAUCUGAUGAGAUUUCCUUCGAACUCAAGUCAGGCUACUUUGGGCCAUGGCCCUUCGCAUCCUGUGGGAUAUCAGUCUUCAGGCAAUACCUUCCAGGAAGAUGGCUUGCGACCUGAGGACUUUGAGGAAGCCGGACUGAACUUGGAAGCAGUUCAAAAUGGGGUGUCUGAUGAGAAUGCCGGGGAAGCCCAAAUCCUGUCUGACUUUUCGGACUUCCAGAACUUCUUGUUGUAUUCAUCCGGGGAUAUGGCUCCUCUCGAACCGUCGGAUGGGUCGUACAGCCUUGAUCAGAUGGCUUCACGUCCGAUCUUCCAUCGGUAUCCCGCUCCUGCUCCUGCUCCUGCUCCCGGCUACCAGCAACCCCUUCCAGAACCCACCUUUACCGGCCACAAUGUUGCUGGGGGUUACCAAAGUCCAUACGCGCCGAUCAUGUAUGCUCCACAGCAGGCGCAUUUCCAGCCUACUUUCCAGCCGGUCCCGAUGUACGCGCCAGGCUCCGUCAACAACAACUUCGUACAGCAGCCGGGUACGACGUAUGCGCCAGGCCCCGUCAACAACUUCGUCGUGCAGCAGCCUCAACCGACGAUGCGUACGCAACCCCAGGCCAACUACCCCGCUGCCGCCUACAACCCACCAGCGGCUUACACAGCACCUUCCUCGCGACAGCCAGGAAACUACAACGGCAGCACCGGGCAGGCACGACAGCAGGAUGCUGGAUCGAGGCGGAGACGGUCAAGCUUGUACCUCACCACCGAGGAAUGGGUUGAGGCGCAACGAAGGCAACCUCGGGCUCCUCCCAGUGAGUGA